CUUUAUCGACCACCGGCACCAGCGCAGCAACAUAAUAAACUUUAAUAUCCUACUGAAGAGUUAGUACGCUGUGUGAUAACCUGUAACCUGCUGGUUUGAUGAAGUUAACUUAGCUAGUGCCUGUAGCAAAAGGUUAACUGAUACAGAGUAAGACUAGUAGAUCUACAGACUACAAUGGCUGACGAAGUUUUUGAAAGUGGAAAAACCAGGUCACAUUCCCAACCACGUGGUAGUAGUUCUUAUCAUGGAUCGGGAUACAGUGAUAGUUAUGGGCGCCCUUCCCAUCAAACAGACCGGGGCUAUGGAGGGAGAGGGAGAGGCCGUGGUUAUGGUUAUGGUGAUUCUCGACCUGUGCAAGAGUUUCCAAAGGAACCACCAUUCACAGCGUAUGUAGGUAAUCUGCCUCCGCAGACUGUACAAGGUGACCUGGACGCAAUAUUUAAGGACCAGCAGGUAAAAAGUGUUAGACUCGUCAGAGACAAGGAAUCUGAUACGUUUAAAGGAUACUGCUAUGUGGAAUUUGAAGAUUCCAAUUCGUUGAGAGAAGCAUUAGACUAUGAUGGAGCUGAGUACGGUGACAAGCAAUUGAGAGUGAACUUAGCCCACCGUGGAAGUAGAGGGGGGAGAGGCAGAGGAGGGGGCCAAAGAGGAAGAGGUGGUCCACCUGGAGGAUUCCAAUCACAUGGCCCUCAGCAUUCUGAAUAUGGGCCCCCUACCGGGGAGCAGUACAUGUUUGACACCUCUUAUAGAGGCGGUAGAGGAGGCUAUCAAGCCAGCCGGGGAAGUAGAGGGAGAACUAGGGACCAAGGACCACCAGCCGAAUUCAAGGAGGCUACUCCAGAAGACCUGGCGGGACGACCGAAACUCAAUUUAAAGCCACGCAGUACUGUCAGACCUGUUAAUGAAAUGGCCGACACUACUCAGAGAAGCUCAAUAUUUGGUGAAGGCAAGCCUAGAAAAGAUAAGAGCACGUAACAGUUAGGACAGGAUAUGUAGUAUUAACUUCUUUACAGUGUUUGUACCAUUGAAAUAUUUGUUGUGAUGGUAGCCAACUGCACAAGCAAAACACAAAA